UUUUAAAAGUCAUUUCAUUGCAAUUAUUUUAUUUACCGGUUGUGGACUAUUGUGUGCUACACCCACGCCACAUAAUACAAAAGUAAGCGCAUAGAAUUACUACAAAAUUCCAAUAAACAAGUUGCUUUGGGUCUUAUAUAAAUGCAAGAAUAGUUCAAAAGCCUUCUAGAAAGUCUGCACCCUAUGUAGUACAAAUACAUAAACAUAUUGUCCAGUACAAAACUUUCCCUCCCUAUUUCCCAGUACUCUCUUUCGUAUAGAAAAAAAAACUCAAAUAAUAAAAACUAAACAAAAUGUUAAGUCUAAGAAAACCUCAGUUAUAUCAAACUUUGCGUAUGACGCAAAAUUAUAGAGAAAUACGAAUCAGCACAAAUAGUAUGACCUAUAUUAGGACGACAACCAUAAAACGGCAGCAAGAACAAAAUAUUUCAACGAAAUUUAAUUUACUGACACCAAAUAUAAAUAAUUUAAGUUUAUUACAUCAUAACUUUACUUUACGCAGCAUGAGUUCUUCAAACGCGGCCCAUUUUGUUUUACCCAACACCCAGCCCAUAGCAGAUUUGGAGUGUAAAAGCGCUUUUGAGAAUUUAACCGAUAAGGAAAAGUUAUAUGCCCAUUACUUUAGUAAAGCAUCAUGGGAUGGUGGCCUCGUUUCAUUGAUACAAUCUAGUCCGGAGGGACCUUUGAUUUUCUCGCUUCUACAUCGUAUCUUUUUGGCUGAACCUUUGGAGGAGUUGAAGAAAAAAGCUUUGACCAAUGGAAUAACGGAAGAUGAAUUUACGGCAUUUUUAGUAUACGCCUGUGGCACAUUCGCCAAUGCCGGCAACUACAAGGGCAUGGGCGAUAGCAAAAUUCUACCCAAUUUAAGCGAAGAUAAAUUCGAGGCCAUUGUUAAGCUUUCGGCAGCCUAUGCUAAGGACACCAAAGUUCCCAAGGUGUUUAACAAAGUUAUAGCCCUCAUCUAUGCUCUGCAGCCGCGUAAUGAAAUUUUGGGUUUUGCCCCCAAUGGCAUUACCACAUAUUGGUCAGAUAAUUGUACCAAAGAAGAUUCCGACAUUGUUAACGAGUGGUUGACCUCGAAACGUUUGGAACCAUAUAUGUGUCGUACCUUUAAGGUCGAAGAAGAUGGUAAAACUAUUUAUGAUGUCAAGCUCGGAUCGGUAGCAGCCACUGAUAAAGAUGGCAUCACAUUACCUUUGGAAGAAUUUAAAGGAAAUCAUUUUCGAGUGACCAGAGGAGACUACAGUAAAUUAUUGGCCAGGGUUAAUGCAAAUCUGAAAGAAGCUCAGAAAUAUGCAGCAAAUGAGAAUGAAGUUAACAUGAUUGAGCAGUAUAUCAGAUCAUUCCAAGAGGGCUCUUUGGCUGCUCACAAAGAUGGCUCCAGAUAUUGGAUUAAGGAUAAGGGGCCUGUAAUUGAAACCUAUAUUGGUUUUAUCGAAACCUACCGUGAUCCUGCUGGCGGACGUGCGGAAUUUGAAGGUUUCGUUGCCAUGGUUAACAAGGAAAGUUCGGCCAAAUUUUCCGAGUUGGUGGCCAAAGCUGAGAAACUGCUGGAAUACUUGCCCUGGACCAAGGAAUACGAAAAGGAUUCGUACUUGAAGCCGGACUUUACUUCCUUGGAUGUAUUGACUUUUGCCGGUAGUGGUGUUCCCGCUGGCAUAAACAUUCCCAAUUAUGAUGAAAUCCGUCAAGAUGAAGGUUUCAAAAACGUCUCGCUGGGUAAUGUUUUGGCCAACAUCAACAAAAAAGAUCCCAUACCUUUCCUCUCCGAAGAAGAUCAAGCCUUAAUGAAGGAAUACAAAGUUAAAGCCUUUGAGGUGCAAGUGGGCCUUCAUGAACUGCUGGGCCAUGGCAGUGGCAAAUUAUUCCGCCUCGAUGAGGAUGGCAAAUUUAAUUUCGACAAGGAGACUACUAAAAAUCUUAUUACCGGUGAACCCAUCAAGACUUGGUAUAUGCCUGGAGAAACCUAUGACACCAAAUUUGGCACCAUUGGCUCUUCCUAUGAGGAAUGCCGUGCCGAAGCUGUGGGUCUGUAUCUCUCCUUGCAACGGGAUAUUUUGGAAAUCUUUGGCUUCAAGGACAGCGCUGAACAGGAGAAAAUCAUCUACGUCAAUUGGUUGUCCUUGAUCUGGAAUGGCAUGGGUGUAGCUUUGGAAAUGUUCAACCCCAAAUCGAAGCAAUGGAUGCAGGCUCACAGCAGAGCUCGUUUUGUUAUUAUGAAAGUAUUAUUGGAAGCCGGCGAAGGUUUGGUAACCAUCGAAGAGACUGAUGAGGGAAAAAAUUUGCUCUUGACUGUAGAUCGCACGAAAAUUGAGACUGUUGGCAAAAAGGCCAUGGAGAAUUUCUUGAAGAAAUUACAAGUCUACAAGAGUACCGCAGAUAUUGAAGGUGCCACCAAAAUGUAUGAACACUACUCGGAGGUCAGCGAAUCUGGUCCCCAUCCAUGGGCCAAGUGGCGUGAUAUUUGUUUGGCCCACAAAAAACCAAGAGUUAUACUUGUGCAAGCCAACACUAAGGAGGAGAAUGAAAAAGUGCAAUUGCAAACCUAUGAGGCAUCUCAUGAGGGUUAUAUUAAGUCCUGGGUGGAACGUUAUCCCACCACCGAUGUUGAUGAUAUCAUUGAGGAAAUUGUUGAGAAUGAUAAAAAGUAUUUCCCAUGUGCGUUUGGCAAUUGAUGAUGCAAACAAAUGAUGAAUAUAAAAGCAGAACAAAAACCACUAACAGCAUUUCUCAAACCACUUCUUUUAAGACUUUAUGAUUUUUGUUAUUUGUUGGAAACAAAAACAGAUUGAUAAGAAAAAACUUUUUUUUUUAAUACAUGUUUUGCAAAUAA